AUGUCUGUGAUUGAUAAACAUGCCCCACUUAAAAAGAAACGUAUAGGGAAACGAAAGUCUCCCUGGAUUACUUCACAUGUAGUUCAGAAAAUUCGCGAAAGAGAUUAUCUAAAAAGGCAAUUCGAUAUUACUCGUGACGAUGAAAUUUGGUUACAAUAUAAGAAAGCUCGAAAUGAAACUAACAACACUAUUAGGCAGGCUAAACAUAACUACUUUAUCACUAAUAUUGAGGCUGCACGAAAAGAUCCAAGGAAAACUUGGAGACUAGUCAACGAUCUGAACUGUCGUAAAGUGAGUGAUGUAACCAGUGUCAAGAAAGUCAAUCUUGACGGUAAUGAAAUCACUAAUGCGGCUGAAAUUUCGGAUGCCUUUAAUUCAUAUUUCACCUCGAUAGGAGAGAAACUAGCGAACAAAAUACCUAGCUCGAAUGUUAAUCCCGUUUCUUAUAUUCAAUCCACACAUAGUGUUUUUUCUUUCGAGGAAAUUGGUUUGUCCACUGUAAAUUGUUUGCUAAAAACGAUUAAUGCUAACAAAGCGACCGGCCCUGAUAAAAUCCCAGGUAGAUUAUUGAAAAUAGCCACUGAUAUUCUUUCCCCCUCGUUAACCAGAAUUUUUAAUAGAUCGCUUUUUAUGGGGAUUUAUCCGACUGAUUGGAAAAUGGAAAAAGUCUUACCGUUAUUCAAAAAUGGCGACAAAUGUGAUCUAAGUAAUUAUCGUCCAAUUUCAAUUAUAUCGGCGGUUGCCAAAGUUUUUGGUAGAACCGUUUAUGACCAAUUUUACUCCUAUCUGACAAGUAACAACUUACUGUCUAACUAUCAGUCAGGGUUUCGAGCAUCAUAUAGUACCGUUACAGCUUUAUUAGAGUCGAGUAAUAACUGGUGCGUAAAUAUUGAUAAGGGUUUGCUUAACGGAGUGAUCUUCAUUGACCUAAAGAAAGCUUUCGAUACAAUUGAUCACGAAAUUCUUAUACGUAAACUCAAGUGUUAUGGUGUGGAUGACAAUGCGCUAUCGUGGUUUAAUUCCUAUUUAAACAAUCGAAAACAGAAAUGCUACGUAAAUGGCAACCUCUCUGGUAGUCGUUCUAUCUCCCAUGGAGUUCCGCAAGGCUCUAUUAUAGGCCCACUUCUGUUUUUGAUCUAUAUCAAUGACUUGCCUAACUGCUUGAACGAGGGUUUACCUAGAAUGUAUGCUGAUGAUACGAACAUCAGCAUGCAAAGUAAUAAUCUUUCUGAGCUAGAAAAUCUUUUGAAUGCUGAAAUAGCCAAUUUAAACACAUGGCUAGAGGCAAAUAAGUUAAGUUUAAAUAUUGCCAAGACUGAAUUUAUGAUUAUUGGAUCUCGUCAAAGACUUUCAACCUUUGAUAAUCAGAAUGUGGAAGUAUGUGUUAACAAUAAACAGAUUAAUAGAGUGCUGAAGUCUAAGUCAUUAGGUUUAACAAUUGAUGAGAACUUGACUUGGAAAUAUCAUGUUGAUAAUAUCACCAAAAAAGUCUCUUCGGGUAUCGGUGCUCUCAAACGAAUGAGAGAUUUUAUUACCACAGAAACUGCAAUUCGAGUUUACCAAAGUUUGGUGGAGCCCUAUUUUUCCUAUUGUGCCCCUGUUUGGGAUGGCCUAGGUAAAAAGCAAAGCGAAAAAUUACAAAAAUUACAGAAUAGGGCCGCCCGUGUUAUUACCCGUUCAUCUUAUGAUAUUUCAUCAAGUUCUCUUCUUGAAGAACUUAAUUGGGAAUCAUUGUCCACUAAGCGAUUAAAGCAAAAGGCAAUCCUCAUGUUUAAUACUAUUAAUAAACAUACACCAUUCUAUUUACAAGAGAUGUUUUCUCCCAGUGAGAGUGUUUAUAACCUGAGAGAUUCUUAUGGUAAACUUUAUGUCCCAAAACCACGCACAGAUUAUUUGAAACGCUCCUUCAGUUACAGUGGAGCCUCUUUAUGGAAUGGCCUGCCAGAAUCUCUUAGAUCAGUAACCUCUCUCGCUGCAUUUAAGACAGGUUUAGAAGCCUUCUUAAUAAAUAAUCGAUCUGACUCCCACACGGCAAUCAGGUAGAACAGUAUCUAUAUUUCUUUUUGCUCCUUUUAAAAUAUUUUAAUAUUUUUGUAAAUAACUAUACUGAUGAUUUUCCGUGUUUAAAUAAAGUUGAUGUUAUGUUAUGUUAUGUUAUGUUAUGUUGGAUCUUUAACCCGCCUGCUGCCCCAUGGUUUGGAGGUGCCUGGGAAGCGUUAGUAAAGUCUGUCAAACGGGCAUUGAAAGUUAUGCUUGGGAAUGUUCUCACAGUCGAUGAAGUUUUCCUUACUGUCAUUGCCGAGGUAGAAGCGAUGCUGAACUCUCGUCCGCUUGUCUAUGGUGGAAGCAGUGAUUCGCCAACAGAUCUCAGCGUGAUUACACCAAACCACUUCUUGCAUGGUCGUGCGAGUUCGAACGUGUCGCCCGGCGAGUUUAACCAACGAGAUAUGUCGUUACGUCGAAGAUGGCGUCAUAGCCAGUUCUUAGCGAACCAAUUCUGGCGCCGAUGGUCGAAUGAGUACAUUCCGCAGUUAAUAAAGCGAAGCAAAUGGAAUGUUGCACACAGAAAUCUACGUCGCGGUGAUCUUGUCUUGAUCGUUGAGAAGGACGUACCUCGUUCGCAUUGGAGGCUCGGAAGAGUGAUUGCACCGAUCGCAAGUGAAGACGGACUGAUCAGAUCCGCGGAGAUUGCAACGAAAACUGGAACAUUGACACGUCCUGUAGGACGGUUAGCAUUACUGGAAGCUUUUAAUGAUGAGUAA